GUUGAUGCGCGGUGUUCUGUAGCGUCUCCCACGGUUCUCCUUUCCUCUAUUCGGGAAACCUCUCCUACUCGUCAGAAUCAAUGCGAAUCAGCAGCGAUAAGCGCGCUGAUGCUGUGCGGUCUGUAGCUUUCUAUUCUCUGGAGAAUAAGGACUAAACCUUCUGUUACACGUUUCUUCUUGCAUAGCUCUUCAGUGCAACGGGGAAGACAGACAACAUGAUUUGCUUUAUCUUCAUGGUUCUAUGUGGAUUGUCUGGCAGUGCGCUUGCAAAAGGUAAAGUGGAUAGGGAGCCUAAGGGGAAGUUCAGUGUUCCUGUUCUGGAUGUGAAGAGUCGACAGCUGGUCCUGGAGGCCAACCAGACGCUGACGAUCCACUGCAGGGGUCGGUGGGAGCUGUCGUGGGUGUUCCCUGGAGGUGUGGCCAGAGAUAAAGAGAGUGUGCAAUUGGAGGAUUCUCGCUGUGGGAGGCAGAGCCAGCAUUACUGCAGCCAACUGAUUAUUAGCUCAGCCCAGGCCCAGCACACAGGAUCGUUCCGGUGUCGGUACAGCCAGCGGACCCGCAGGCAGAGUGCUGUCUACAUCUAUGUCACAGACAGACAGCGGCCAUUUGUGGAGGAGCAGAAUAACAGUCCAGACGUGGUGUAUAUCAAGGAGAGCCAGCCUCUGGUCUUCCCCUGUAGGGUCACCCACCCUGACGCCACCGUGUCAUUGGUCAAGUUCCCUGACCGUGAGUUGACCCCAGACCAGAGGAACAUAGUGUGGAACAGCAGACAGGGCUUCCUCAUCCGCAGUCCCACCUACUUCUACAUCGGCCUGUUCUCCUGCAAGACCUCUGUCAACGGGACCACACACUCCCUCAGUUACCUCACACACAGACAAGUGAAUAAGAUUAUGGAGGUGUAUCUGAACAGUACUAGUCCCGUCCAGACUUUACAGGGGGACAGUCUGGCCAUCAACUGCACUGUCACUGCAGAGUGGAACAGCAGAGUGUCCAUCAGCUGGGACUACCCUGGGCAGGUAAACCGGGCAGCCAUAAUUAGUAGGCGUAUCAUGGCCAGUAAAACUCACAUGGUGUUCUACAGUAUUCUGUCCAUCCCUAAACUCCACCGCUCUGACAGAGGGCUCUAUAUCUGCCGAGUGACCAGUGGACCGGUCAGCCGAGAGACUAACGUGUCAGUCACAGUCUACGACCGUCCGUAUAUCCGUCUGACACCCAGACAAGGGGCGGUAGUGGAGGCUCAUGCAGGACAGAAGUCCUACCGACUCUCCCCCAAACUACGGGCCUUCCCUGCCCCAGAGAUCAUCUGGUUGAAGGAUGGGAAGGUAGCAGCAGAACAGUGUUCCCGUUACCAUGUGGACGGGAAUUCCCUGGUGAUCCGGGAUGUGGCGAAGGAGGAUGCAGGGAAGUACACUAUCCUGGUGGGAAUCCAGGAGCACAGACUCUACCAGAACCUAACGCUCUCUCUGGUGGUCAACGUGAGUCCAGGGAUAGGGGAGAAGGCGGUGUCCUUGCAGGACGCAGGUAGUGUCCCGCAGGGCAGCAGACAAGCCCUGCACUGCAGCUCCCACGGAGUCCCCCCUCCUCACAUCGCCUGGCUCUGGCACCCCUGCCCCCCCAAAGGCCUGUGUCUGUGUCCUUACUCCUCCUCACUAUGGAGCUUGGUGAGAGAGAGGGCACCCAGCACGUCCACACAGAACCACACUACACACAGACAGGAAGUGCUCCAGGGGAAGAAUAAGACCGUGGGGAUUUUGAUGGUUGCUGAGGUGUUUGUAUCCAGAGUGUAUCGCUGUAUUGCCUAGAACGAACUGGACAUGUCCUUUUAUAUUACAGAUGUCCCAGGAGGCUUCGAUGUGAAACAGGAGGAGGAGCUAAGAGAGGGAGGAGACCUCACUUGCGUAGCCAAUAAACAACUGUACACCAAGUUGUCAUGGCAACUGGUGACUGACACAGCAGAGCCCUCUAACCUCUCACACGUGAUCCCUCUGAUCAUCAUCAUCAUCAACAUCAACAUCACUAUAACACAUACACACGAGGAAGAGGACACAAUGGCACUUCCCACAAUGCCACAUUUACAGGCCCCUUCACAGGGCCAGAGGAACAAUCAGCCAAUCAGACACUACUCUGCCAGUGGUUCAGUGACACUCAGCUGCCUUGCCCACGGCGUGCCACACCCCCUCAUCACAUGGUACAAGGACCAACACUCUCUUCUGCAGGACUCAGGUAAGAUACACAGCGGGACCCUCCACAUUGACCGAAUCACAGUGAAGGAACAGGGUCUGUACACCAGCCAGGCCACCAAUGAGAGAGGCUCUGCUGUGGGCUCCACCUACAUCUGGGUUCAGAACUCGUCAGAGGGCCUGUCUCUGGAGAUCCUUACUCUCACCUGUACCUGUCUGGUGGCCACUCUCUUCUGGCUGCUGUUUACACUCUUCAUACGUAAACUAAAACAGCCAUUUAUCUCUCAGGCAAAGGCAGAGUACCUGUCAAUCAUCCUGGACCCGGACAAGGGGCCUCCGGAGGAGUAGUGUGAUAGACUACAGUACGACACCAGCCAAUGGGAGUUCCCAGAGACUGCCUCGAACUGGGAAAGUCUGGACCAUGAGGCCUUUGGGAAGGUCAUGCAGGUGUCUGCCUUUGGCAUCUACAACUCUACAGGCUACGGAACUGUGGCUGUCAAGAUGCUCAAAGGUGUCCUGGAGGGCAAGCAGUGUACACCUAAUGGUGUCCUGGAGGGCAAGCAGUGUGCACCUAAUGGUGUCCUGGAGGGCAAGCAGUGUACACCUAAUGGUGUCCUGGAGGGCAAGCAGUGUACACCUAAUGGUGUCCUGGAGGGCAAGCAGUGUACACCUAAUGGUGUCCUGGAGGGCAAGCAGUGUACACCUAAUGGUGUCCUGGAGGGCAAGCAGUGUGCACCUAAUGGUGUCCUGGAGGGCAAGCAGGGUUCAGGGUUCAGGCAGUCCCACCCCGCUGCCUGUGUGUGGGGGGCGGCAGGGGCGCUACAGGGGGCCAGUGGCAGCCGCCUGCUGCAACUCCUGGAAGCUGCGCUCCUGUUGCUGUUCGCCCGUUGUGAUGGAAACGCGUCGCAGCCUCAGGGAGACUCACAUCGAGCGCACUGUAUCACCAGCCUGGAGGGACGGUUGUGUACUCUGUCUGAAACCCAUCUGAAUGGUUCUGGUCCUACCAGACUAGAGGUCCCUGCUGGACAGAGGCUCCUGAUCACCAUGCAGAGCCUCCCAGGAGACCCUGUCUGCAGCUGGAGCCGUGGAGCUGACCCAAAAAGAAGGGGCUAUUCCUUGACCAUACUACAGACACAUGUGAGUGAUUCUGGAGAGUACACAUUCAGCUGUGAGAGAGGCGGGAUCAACUCCUCUCUGACCCUCUCUCUACUGGUCGUACCUCUGCUAAGACUUCCCACAAAACCACAGCUGAAAUUUAUCCCUGGGAAAAGAGGCUUCUUACCAGACUAUCAGUGUUCUUCAGAGGGAAACCCUAAACCCAGGAUCAAAUGGUUCAACAACCUUGACAAGACUGGAAAAGGUAAUGAUGGGACAGACAUUCCCUCUACGAUCAAAGAGAGGGCUAACAACAAAGAGAAAAGUAAAAAUUACUACAGGACAACAGUUAUGUGCUGUGCUAGCAAUUCUCAGGGAGAGGUGUGUUCUCAACUAUAUGAUUACGAUCUGGACCGUGCCAGUGGUGAGGAUGAUGAGGCUCCAGAGAUCACUGUGAGUCCUGGGCAGCCCCUGCUGCUCAGCUGUCGGCAGAAAGAGAACAGCACCACACAGUGGCUGCCUGACAACCAAGUCUCCAUACAUCAACUCACAUAUAAAGAAAUAUAUAUGACCUACCUGUUCAUUGAGUCGGUGACAGUGAACCACAGUGGAAUCUAUACAUGCCGAGGCAACAAGAACAAGGUCAAAUCCACCCAUGUCCAGGUCCUGGAGAAGGGCUUCAUUUCCAUCGACCAGCUGAAUGAGAGCAGUACCAUCUCAGCCCAGGAGAAGCCAGGGUUCUGUCUGCGGGCCCUGGUCUCCUCACACCCUCUCCUACGCUGCCAUUGGCUGGGCCCGGACAGCAGACAGACCCAGUGCCCUGAGCCCACACGGCUCUGGAAGAGCAGGACUCUGGAGUUGUGUAACACAGAGCCAGGAGAGUACCAGUUACACCUGGAGGCUGGGGAGCUGAACCUCACAAAGACCCUCUCUCUGUGUGUGGCAGGUACACCCACCCCCAGUCUCUUACAGAAUGGAGACAAUAUCACCUGUGAAACCAACACCCCCCUUCCCUUCAAACUCACCUGGAGCUCCUGCUCUUUGACCAAUGACAGCUGUCAGUCAGAGUCUGCAGCCUGGAAGGAGAUCCCUGCCCCACCCCCGAAGCUCUCUGACUCAGACCAGUUCUGUCAUAAGAGGAUCCUCAGUACCAGGGACAGUACCGAGGUGGGGGACUUUGUCAAGUGCUGCAUCACAAACUCUGUCCACUCACAGUCUCACUGCAGUGAGACACUGUUCAACAUACAAUUUAAAUCUGUUCCACCAGCCUCCUCUCAACUCCUCCUGAAAGUGUCCAGUCUGGUCCUGUUCCUGGCUUUGAUGCUGGUCAGCCUGGCGCUGCUCUACUUCAUCAGGAAGAAGAAACCCCAGUACCAGAGUCAGCUGCAGAUGAUCCAGAUGGUAGGGCCUAAUGACAACGACUACAUCUACAUCAACUUCAAAGACUUCCAGUAUGACCAGAAAUGGGAGUUCCCCAGAGAGAACCUGGAGCUGGGGAAGGAGCUGGGCUCUGGGGCCUUUGGCAUGGUGCUUCAGGCUACAGCCUACGGCAUCAGCAAGCCAGGAGUCUCCCUGCAGGUGGCUGUCAAGAUGCUGAAAGAGAAGCAUGAGACAGUAGAGAAGGAGGCUCUGAUGUCAGAGCUGAAGAUGCUGACUCACAUCGGACAGCAUGCCAACAUCGUCAACCUGCUGGGGGCAUGCACUGGCUCAGGGCCCACGUACCUGAUAUUUCAGUACUGCCGUAACGGGGACCUGCUGAACUACCUGAAGAACAACAGAGAGCUCUACCACAAGUCUCUGACAGACGCCUUCACCAGGGACCGCUUCAGCAGACUUUACCACAACCUGCCCAAGAGGAGCUCCAGUGAGUUCCAGAGGCCAGUGGACAGCAUAUACAUCCCCAUGUCCCCCACCACCACUAGAGGGCAAGAGAGUAUUGCCCUGAUCAGCCUCAACUCUUCUCCCAUGAACACCUCUGGUGGUCCAGGGAUCUAUGAGGAGUUAAAUGAGCUGCAGGAGGAGGAGGAGGAGGAGGAGGAGGAGGAGGAGGCGCUGACUUACGACGACCUGCUCAGCUUCUCCUAUCAGGUGGCCAAGGGCAUGGACUUCCUGUCCUCCAAACACUGUAUCCAUCGUGACCUUGCUGCCAGGAACGUGUUGGUGACUCAGGGUGGACUAGUAAAGAUCGGGGACUUUGGACUGGCCCGGGACAUCGACAAUGACUCCAACUACGUAGUGAGAGGAAAUGUGCGUCUGCCAGUGAAGUGGAUGGCUCCAGAGAGUAUCUUCCAGGGGAUGUACACCAUGCAGAGCGAUGUCUGGGCCUAUGGUAUCCUGCUGUGGGAGGUCUUCUCUCUGGGUGUGACCCCCUACCCAGGGAUAAAGGUGGACAACAACUUCUAUGUGAUGAUAGAGAGAGGUUUUAAGAUGGAGCAGCCGUACUACGCUAGUGAAUCUGUGUAUUCGAUCAUGUGUAAGUGCUGGGCCUUGGAGCCUCGGGACCGCCCUCACUUCUCCAAGCUGGUGGCCUUCAUGGAUGACCAACUGGCCGACAUGGAGGAGAAGCUCUACCAUAACAUCCUGGACAAGCGCUGCAGUCAUGUGUUAUACCAGAAUGCACCUGUGAAAUCUGAUCUCUCAGCCUUGGCCAAAGAAAAGGGUCAUCAAGCACAGUCACAGAACCAAUACUGCAAGACCCACUCCACUGGAGAGGCCCCAACAACAACCACCACAACACUGUCUGACAGGGUUGCCAUGGAGACUGAUGGUGACAAUCCUCUGAAACCAUGUCAGUGAGAGCAGUGGCCUGUCUUUCUAAUUCUUCUGUGCCAUAAGGAUUUCUCCUAUUAUAUCCUGGUAGUGUAUAUUUGUAUAAUGCUGUGGAUUUCAAAUGCACUGAUGACUUGCUUUAUCCAAAUAUGUUUAACAAUGAAUAUGUCAAUUAAAACUGUUUUUGUAUCAAAGGCUAGUAGCUCCGUCACUGUAGGAAUUGAUAAAGUCAUAUUUAACAUUGUAACAUAGUAAUGGAUGUCAAAAUUAACACAACCUGUUUUUGUGAACAUAUUAAUUCAAUAUUAAUCAUGUUAUUACUGCUUUUGGAGAAGAGAUAUUUCAAUCAUUUUGACAGCUGGAUUAUUCUGUCUUUUAUUUCCUAUGUGAAGUUAUUUUUUUAAAAUUAAUAACAAUGAUUUAGUUUUCGGUAUGUUUGUACAUCUGAGUUCUGGAAAUUAUUCAAAUAUUUGAAAUAAAGUAUUUGAAAUUA